AUGCAGCUCGCUCUCAGUAUCAUCUUCUUCUUUGUCGGGUUCGGCGUAGCCACCAUUGUUGCUCUGAGGCCACAAAAAGCACGGAAAGACCUUGACAGCUUCACCUCUCAACUCCGGCAUGUUACCAAUGGGUUCAAAGGGCAGGGAGCGCAUCCCGGCGACAUUGAGCAGUCGGAGACCGAAGAGGAAAUCAUCAAAAGAGGUUCAGAGAAUCUGUUGACCAAGGAGCAACUCGAGGAAAAGUACGACAUGAACGCAUGGCAACGCCUGGUCUACGAAGAGUUCAAGACCACCAUCCUUGCGAAAGGCAGCGGUCUCAAAACAUUCCCCUGCGUGUACGCAACCAUGGGCUACCGUGCCGGCGACCACCGCUAUGUCUUCCUGGAGUCAGACGACCCAUCAGAACCAAGAAACGUACGAAUUAUCGCACCUGCUCUCAGGGCAUAUCUUCAGGUGUCGAGGUCGCUUGGACCUAAUACCAGUCUGGUCAUCAUGGGUGCGCCGACCGAGGGCAACCUCAAAGAGGUCGAGCAAUAUAACAACGAGUUCUUCGACAUGCUGCGUGGAUUAAGAAUCUGGGACUCAAAACCAUGGCCCAAGGACAUUCCUCAAGAGACAAUGAACGAGAAAUGGACCUUCUGCUUCGAUGGCAUACCUCUUUUCCCUGUUGCUCUGACCCCAGCGCACCAACGGAGAUGGUCGAGACAUGCUCCCGUACCUUUGGUCGCUUUGCAGCCGAAGUGGGUCCUCGACAACCUCAUGAGCACACCGCAGAAGCGCAAGUCUGCCACAGGAAAGGUUCGAAAGUUGUUGGCAGAGUACGACCAGAUCGAUAUCAGUCCCGACUUGACGCAGUACGGCGACAAGGGGACAUCCGAGAUCCAUCAGUUGUGCCUAAGGGACGAGAACGAGACCAUGGACUGUCCCUUCGAGGACUUCGACAAAGGAGGAGCAAGGUCCUCAUCUUCUUCGCGCCGCUCUUCCAUGGAGGAGACGGCAGCAUGA